AUGGCACCCAAGAAAGGUUCUGCCUCGGCCAAGGGCAACGCCUCGAAGAACUCGACCCCAGCAGUUCCAGACAGUGAACAUAUUGUCUUCACCAAUUCACAAAAGGAUAAGAAGAAAAAGGAUGUAAGUCAGCCCGAGGGUCCGCCACGGCCAGACGCUCGUAAGGUGAUUGGAGGCCAGUCAUGGACAGGCAAGCUCCCUGUCAACCUUCUCUCCGAACAUUGUCAACGGCAAAAAUGGAAUAAACCCGAGUAUCAGGGUCGACAGGUGACCUCGGGAACCAAUGGCGAAAAGAUGCAUCGAUCGUGGGUCGUUCUAUCGAAGACAGACCCCAAGACUGGCGUUGUCACGAGGUUGCCCCCGUUUCAGCUGCCCGCAGGCUCUGCACAUCUAACAGAUCAGCCCACAGCUCUGGAGGCUCGACACUUUGCCGCCGCCUAUGCCCUCUUCCGUGUGUCAAGCAUGAAAAAUCUUUCCAUGGCCUUACCCCCAACUUACCGAGAUCUUUGGAGAGGCGAUUUUCAACGUCUGAAGCAGGAAGAUGUGAAGGAGGAUAGGGCCUGGAAGUAUGACGCCGAUCCUUUUGCAGCGGAAGCAAAACGACAGGAGAUCAAAGCCAAACUCGAGAAGAGGAAGCAAGAACAACAAGCGGCACCACCAAAAGUUGAAACUUUGACUUUGGUGAACUCGAAUGCUACCGGUACCACCGUGAAAGGAUGGGAUCGUGCGCACCGAAUCGACUUGGGUCAGAACUCUCGUAUGGGGUUAGAAUCCAUUAUUCGGACCAAAACCACCUGGAAUACCGCUGGCACUAUAAUAACAAAAGCGGAACGGGCGUCAAUCGCCUCGGAUCUAGCAAAAUCAGGAUUUCUUCCGAGUCACGUUCAAGAAGCCUUGGACUAUUGCGGUAGUCGAGAAGAAGUUCUCGAAUGGCUACUCAUACAUCUACCCGAAGAUUCACUGCCAAGUUGGAGCUUUCCUCCGGGUUACCAUGCUGGUGUAUCCCUCGUCACCAGUGAUAUUUCCACCGAUACCAAGGUCAAGAGGCUCAGUGAGGCUGGCUAUCCAAGCCAAUUAUGUCUUCAGGCACUCCGAGACAACGAUGGGAGCGAGGCCUUGGCCAUGGAAGCACUUCAAUUCAGCCUUGCAUCUCACAAGUCUGAUAUGCCUAUUAAUAUCCCAUCAGAUGCCGAUCUGUGGACGGAAGAGAUGGCAGCUCUGGAAGCUAUUUACGCAGAGAGAUUUACCGCUUCUGACGAGAGUCAAUGUUCUGUCCAAGUAACACUAUCAAACUCACUCCAAGCUACGCUCCUAUUCCGCCUUCCAAAACAUGGAUAUCCAAUACACUCCCCGCCCAUAACUGUGCUCAAAGAUACCAAAUUACCAAGCUAUGUUCGCUUGAGCAUAAUCAAACGGGCUGUGGAGUUUGCGCAAGCGAAUUUACUUGGGGAUCAAAUGAUAUUCAACCUAAUUCAGUGGCUGGAAGAGUCGAUUCCCAAGGUUGUGGAGAGCCCGGGGAAGCUCGUUGAUCUGGAGAUUGCUCGACCCUCACUCACAAUGCAGCGGCUCUCUGACAACCCCUCAGACGCCACAUACAAACGCAAGAAGAGAGUCGAGCGAACGCAUCAACGGGAUGUUAGAUCUAACAGCUCAAUUUUGGAAUCCUGGGCGGCCAAGCAGGACUUGGAGGAGCAAAAGAAGAUGCUGGCGUCAAGACAAAAACUACCUGCUUGGGCGAAAAAGACUGCGAUUGUGGAGGAAAUUAGCCGUCAUCAAGUUACAUUAAUUACUGGUGAGACAGGUUCUGGCAAGUCGACGCAGAGUAUUCAAUUCGUCCUCGACGAUGCCAUACAAAACAUGAAGGGCUCGUCGGCAAAUCUAAUCUGUACCCAACCGAGACGUGUAGCAGCAUUGUCACUUUCCGACCGAGUCAGUGCAGAACGAUGCACAAUCGAGGGCGACGAAGUAGGCUACAUCAUCAGAGGAGACUCAAAGAUCUCUUCGACCACAAAAAUCAUCUUCCAAACGACCGGUGUACUUCUCCGGCGCUUACAAUCCGCGGAAAACGUCAAGGAAGCAUUGGAAAAUGUCAGUCAUAUCUUCGUCGAUGAGGUUCACGAACGAUCACUUGAUACGGACUUCCUCCUUGCUUUGCUGCGUGAUGCUUUGCCCGCAUUGCCGCAUCUGAAAGUUGUCCUCAUGAGCGCCACAUUGAAUGCUGACACCUUUGCGAAUUACUUCGGUGGUGGUCAAAAUGUGGGUAGGGUUCAUGUUGAGGGCCGAACAUACCCUGUGGAGGACUUCUAUCUCGACGAUGUCAUCCACCUUAUCCAACACGAACGCAACCGUGCCGUCUCUGUUGAUUCCGAAGGACCUCUCUCACUUGAGGUUGGCCGAGCAAUUCAGAAUCUAGGUAUGGGCAUCAACUACCAGCUCAUAGCUGAUCUUGUCCAACACAUUGACAAAGAUCUUGCAAAUAAUCGAGGCGGAGUGUUGGUGUUUGUGCCUGGCACCAUGGAAAUCGAUCGUUGCCAACGUGCACUCAACGAACUACCAGGAAUUCAUAGCUUACCAUUGCACGCAUCUCUCGCCCCUGCAGAGCAACGACUGGUUUUUAAGCGGCCACCCUCUGGUAAGCGGAAGGUCGUAGUUGCUACAAACGUCGCCGAAACGUCCAUCACCAUCGAGGAUAUUGUCGCAGUCAUCGACACCGGCAAAGUCAAGGAGACAAACUACGAUCCGAGUUCGAACAUUGUCCGCCUCGAAGAAGCCUGGGCGUCGCAGGCCGCAUGCAAACAACGUCGUGGUCGUGCUGGACGAGUCCAGGCGGGGAAGUGCUACAAGCUGUUCACACGCAAUGUCGAGCAGAACAUGGCUGCAGCCGCUUCACCCGAGAUGCACCGCACGCCCCUGGAGCAACUUUGUCUUUCGGUCAAAGCGACGGGAUCCGAGAGAAAUGUAGAGGACUUCCUGGCCCGCACAAUCUCUCCGCCCGACAGCCGUGCCGUGGCGACGGCGAUGAGAACACUGAGACGUAUGGGCGCGUUGGAGAAUGAACGACUUACCGGUCUCGGCACAUACCUGGCCAUGAUCCCCGCCGACCUGCGCUGCGCGAAACUGCUUAUCUACGGCGUCUUGUUCGAGUGUCUCGACCCAUGUCUGACAAUCGCCGCCAUCCUCACGACGAAAUCGCCCUUUGUCAGCCCCCGGGACAAACGCGCUGAAGCCAGGGAGGCGAGAUUAUCGUUCUCGUCUCCUUCCGACGGUGAUCUCAUUCUCGACUGUGCCGCAUAUGACCAGUGGAAGGAAUAUUCGAGCACGACAACGCGCUACAGGGACGUGCAAGACUGGUGCAGCAGCAGAUUCUUGUCGCCGCAGACACUCCGGGAUAUCGAUUCGACGAGACGGCAACUACGAGACUCGCUCGUCGAAACUGGUUUGCUUCCGGUAGAUUACUCUCGGCAUUUCACGGGGCUCAACAAGCGCAAGGGAAACACCAUGCUGUUGCGCGCUCUGAUCGCAGGAGCGCUGAACCCGCAGCUGGCGCGCAUCCAAAUGCCCGACAAGAAGUACAUUGCGUCCGUGUCUGGGGCGAAGGAACUCGACGCCGAAGCCAAGGCGAUCAAGUACUUCAACGAGGAGAACGGGAGGGUGUUUGUGCAUCCUAGCUCGGCGCUCUUUGACGCGCAAAACUUCUCGGGUGCCGCGGCGUUUGUUAGUUACUUCACCAAGAUGGAGACGAGCAAGACCUUCAUCAGGGAUCUGACGCCGUUGAAUGCGUAUGCGCUGUUGUUGUUCGGCGGGCCCAUUGAGAUCGACACGUCCGGCCAAGGGUUGGUUGUGGAUGGAUGGCUGAAGUUGAAAGGAUGGGCAAGGAUCGGAGUCCUGGUGUCGAGACUGCGGCUAUUGCUCGAUGACGAGCUGACGAGAAGAAUAGACGCGCCUGGUCCGUCGAAUCAGGAUGAUGGAGGCUUGUUUGACCUUGUGAGGCAUCUGGUGGAGUUGAACGGUCAAGACAAGUAA